AUGAGAGCCCUGUUGAACCUGUCUUUCCAUGGAUAUUCUGCACCAAUCGAGUGUUCAUGGGUCUACCUGUAUCGAGAUUGGCCAGAGCUAUACGGCCUCCAAGUGUGUAUUGGAUUUGGCAUGGUUCUGGUCAUAGGGAUGGCAACACUGCUGACGCCCGCGAUUGUGGAACGCAGGGACCUGGACGUGGGCUCUGCUGCUGUCACUCAGUUCCGAUUCCUUGGCGGAGCUGCUAUUCUGUCUAUCACUACUGCUGUUGGGAACACUUGGAUUCGAAAUGUUUUGUCCAAUAUCUUGAACGCAGAGCAGCUCGUUGAGCUGUUCAGGUCGACUGUGACGAUCAACACUCUUUCCCAUGACGUCCAGAACGACGUCAGAGGACACUUCGUCCAAAGUUUGAAUCUGCAGAUAUGGAUACUGUUGGGCGUGGCCGUUGCAGCUGUUUUUAGCACUCUGAUGAUGUGGCAGAGGCCCCAAAUCUGA